AUGCUGUUGCGCCGACUUGCUUCGCCAGCACGACUGGAUCUCGCACGCUCUGCUCGAGCCGCCUCGACCGCUGGACGACCUGCGUCCGAGUUCGCGAGGCAUCCCUCGUUCCUCGAACUCGAAGAAACGCUCGACCAGGGCGGCCUCCCGUGCUUUCCGACACGAGGGGAGAACGUGAGGGUGCUGUACGAGCCUGCUGCGUUCUACCGGACACUCCUCGACAAGGUUGCAAAGGCUCGCAAGCGGAUAUUCAUCGCGUCCCUGUAUGUUGGCAAGGAGGAGAAGGAGCUGGUUGCUGCUCUGCACUCUGCCCUGCGAGCGAACCCCCAACUCCGCGUCUCUAUCCUCGUCGACUACCUCCGCUCGACGCGAGAACACCCUUCACCGUCUUCCGCUUCUCUCCUCGCCAGCCUCUCCGCCGCCUUCCCCUCGCAGGUCGACAUCCGAUUAUUCCACACGCCUGCACUGCAUGGCUGGCAGAAGCGAUGGGUGCCGAAGCGGUUCAACGAGGGAUGGGGUCUCCAGCACAUGAAGUGCUACGGAUUUGACGACGACGUGAUCAUGAGCGGCGCAAACCUGAGCCACGACUACUUCACGAACCGCACCGACCGCUACAUCUCCUUCGAAUCGAACCCUUCCUUAGCCGACUUUUUCGACUCCCUCUUGACGCUCACGUCCUCAUACUCAUUCCGAGUAACUGCAUCCGACACGUCAUCCGCCACUCCAGCCAUCGACAUCUCUUGGCCGGAAAGCAACGCCAUACCCUCUGAUCCCUUUGAAAAUACCCCAGCAUCGUCGAUACCCCGGUUGAGGGAGCACGCGCACGACGCUCUUCAAGAUAUGCUCAAGCGGUGGUACCGUCGCGGUCCCGCGCAACUCGCCUCUCCACUUCCUGCCACCAUCGCCUCUCCCCUCGCCCAAGCUAACGGCAACUCUCGCAUUCCCGCCUCACGAACACCUUCGCCAUACGACACCUUCCUUCGCCCCGUCCUGCAAAUGGGACCGUUCUCGCUCUCGUACGAGACGUCCAUCGUCGUCCCCUCGAUCUUCCGCACAGCGAAUGCGCUAGCGACUGCGCCUGGAGGGUCGCAAACGAUGCUCGACUGGACGAGCGGGUACUUUGGCCUGCGGGAGGACUAUAAGCGGCUAGCGCUGGACUGCAAGGCGCAGGCGAACGGCUUCUUCGGCUCGCGCGGCGUCUCGCGCUUCAUCCCACCAGCCUACACCUACUUUGCCCAGCGCUUCCACGACGAGGUGCUCAAGCAGCAGGCGCGGAAGCAGAAGCGAGGGCGGGGCGACGACGGCUCGCUCGUCGAGAUGCGCGAGUGGCGGAGAGAAGGCUGGACAUAUCAUGCAAAGGGCAUCUGGCUCGCCCCUUCUGUCUCGAACCCUUACUCUCCUCCCGCGCCAAACACUUCCGACUUGCACUACACCUCUCUCAACUUUGAUCCCUCAUCCCUCGACCUCCCCAUGCGCUACUCGCACCCCUCGCCGCCCUUCCUCACCCUCAUCGGUUCCUCGAACUUUGGCUCGCGUUCCGCAUCUCGCGACCUCGAAGCCGGUAUCCUCGUCACAACGCAGAACAACAAGCUGCGAUGGGACCUCGAGCAGGAGGUGCGGACCAUCAGGAAGUACGCCGACGUCCUGGUCGAUGAGCGACUCUUCGAGCGGAAGGACAGGAAGGUGCCGUGGGGGGUGCGGGUCGCCGCCAGAGCUAUCGAGACGAUGCUCUGA